UCGGUUCAGUUAACGAGCGUCCGCGUGUGAGUUAGGUGCGUUUCACGGUGUGUUUUUUUUCUCAGUACUUGGUUAUCCGCCACUCUGUCGAUAUCGUAGCAUGUGCCCACCAGUUCAGAAUCACGUAUACGUUUACCUGCCGCACCACCAGCCCCACAAUAAACUCGUCUCCUACGGCUACCGUUAGGGUUGCCAUAACCGCAGUGUUUGAACGUACCGUUUUCUCACAAUAACAGCCGCGUGCUUCUCAAACUUCGCUCUCUCGUAUAUCACCGAUCAGGCUGUAGCUCAAUCGAUAGAAUCUCCAUUCGUGGUGCAGUGAUAGCAUGAUUUUUUCUUGGAUAUUUUAGUGAAAUUGUUCGCUCGAUUGCCUGUAUUGGGUGGGUGAGUUCGCACGUGGUGAAUGUAACAUACACGCGCGUCGCACCGUCGAGCCACGUCCCGAUAUUAUUGGUGCUACUUGAUCGAUCGUAAACGGGGCACCGAAACAAGGAACAAGGAACAGUUCGAAGCCGACACACGAAAAAAGAAUCGAUCGAGUGAACGGAACGGAAAGAUCGGGGACAAGAUACGAAAUUGCGAGAGCUGCCGAAGAGCAAAGAAAGAAAGAGACCGAAAGAAGAAGGAGAAAGACAGCAAUAGAAAUCUCAUUUCGCCGAGUAACUAGCCACGAGCAAGAUGAGCUGCUGCACGAGUGCUCCGAUUGUAACCCAGACCUGUGAGACUCUUUUGAGCAAAUGCGAAAUACCGAUCAUCGACCUCGCUCACAUGGGGACUGAGAGAUGUCCUCAGAAGGGUGUCGUGAAACAAGUGGCUUCGAAGCUGGUAAGGGCGCUGUCCGAGAAAGGACUGGCCUUGCUCGUCAACCACGGCAUUCCGGAAUGCAAGAUGAAGGCUGCUUACAGAGCUUUCGAUUCGUUUUGCGAGCUACCGGAUGAUGUUCGAAACAAAUAUGAGCGGCCAUCGUCGGGCAACCACGGAUACGUGAAACCAGGACCAUCGCAAUACACGGAUGAGAAAGAAGCUCGUCAUGUUUUCAAUGUGACCGGAUGCGGGGGACCUCUUCCGGACGAGGAGGUGCCUGGUUUCAGAUCAGCGGUCGAUGAACUCGCACGAGAUUUCAAGCAACUAUCUGCCAUGCUUUUAACCGCUCUGGCCGUGGGCCUAGAGCAAUCCCCUGAUUUCCUGCUCUCGAAGCAUUCACGCAUGCUGGGACCUGGUAACAAGACGACCCUCCGACUGCUUUACUAUCCACCUCUUGGUGCACCAGUUCCAGGACUGGCUCGUUGCGGAGCGCAUUGUGAUUAUGGCACUUUCACUUUAUUGGCACAAGAUUGCGAAGGAGGUCUGGAAAUACAAACUCCGCACGGAGAACGAUGGGGAAGAGUCGGACAUCUUCCAGGUGCUAUUUUGGUGAACACUGGUGAUAUUUUAGCGAAUUGGACCAAUAAUCAACUUCCAGCAUUAAGACACCGGGUAGUUGUACCGGAACUCUGUGGUCGAGGUCGCCAUUCCAUUGCAUUUUUUGUACAUCCGGACAACAAUAUCCCUAUCGAGCCUUUGGAUACAAAAAUUGCAAAUGCCAAUCAAGAAUCGGCACCGUGUCGUUUACAGAAAAAGAAACGUGGUGUUCUGACCGCGUAUCAUCAUCUUCAACGUCGUCUUCGAGAAACAUACGCCUCUUAACGAUGUCGAGACAAUUGUAUUGUUCUUUUGUAUUUUUAAAUCAGGAUAUCAAGGCUGCAAAUACUUGACAAAAACUUCGAUUAAAAAACUCAUAAUUUUUAACCUCAUAACAAUGAUGGAUUUUAAAAUGUACUGUAUGGAAACUAAACAUGUAUGGAUUUUAAAACAGUGCAAUCAAAAAUUAAUAGCGAUACGAAGAUUUGAAUGUAAUCAUUUAAAAUAAAAAAAAUGUCCGUCGAUACAAUGUAAAAACAGUGGCGCAUCACAGAAGUAAUAAUAAAGAAAUUUGUACUUACACUUUGUAAAAA